CGCCGCCUCGGCAGACAGGUCGAGGAGCAGCGGUCUGGCGGCGGCAGCAAGGCUCUCACAGGCGCACCCGCAGACGCCCCUCUCUCCAGCGGCGGCCGCGAUUGAGGCGUCGAUUGCGUCGAUUGCGAGGGCGGCGGCAGCGGCCGCGGCAGAGCGCUUGGCAGCGGUCGACGCGCUGGACGCCGCCGAGGCAGCUUCGGCCGAGGCGGAGGCGGCGGCGGCGGCGGCGGAGGCGGCGCGGAAGGCUGCGGAGGAGAGAGAGGCGGCGGCGGCGGCGGCGGCGGCGUCCGAGGCGGAGGCGGCGGCGGUGGCGGAGGUGGCGGAGGCGGCCGAGGCGGCGGCGGCGCAAGCGAAGGCGGCGGAGGAGUCGGCAGCGGGGCAAGCAGAGGCGGUGGAGGCGGUGGGACGAGCGGAGGCGGCGGCAGCCGAGGUGGCGGCAGCCGAGGCGGCGGCAGAGCGAGCGGCGGCAGAGCGAGCGGCGGCAGAGCGAGCGGCGGCAGAGCGAGCGGCGCCGCCUCAGCUGCCGCCUCCUCCGGCGGCGUCGACGCAUGUGGGCGACAGCGCGGGCGAUGCGUCGGUGUGCGAAGGCUGUGUGUGCGACGGUCCGGCGAGCGAGGGGCUGCAGGGUGGGUUCGGGUACCGUGGGGAUGGGGAGGGCGAGCGUCUGCAGGCGGCGCCGACCCUCUGGACUCGGCCGGCCACUCCGCCGGGCACAGGCGCUGCAGACGGCGCUGCAGACGACACGCGGCGCGGCUCGGGUUGGGACAGCGGGCCCCUCACCCUAGCGGCCAAAGUGGGCAUCAUCAAGCAGCGGUGGCCUCAAUGUGGUGGAGAGGUGGAGAAGGCGCACGCCUUCAUCGCCUGCCUCCCCGACAACGUCGCUCGGUCCCGGUGCAAUGUCGUUGACGAGGUAGUCCUCCCCCUCCCACCGGAAAACCUGUCCAAGGUCCAGCUGGUCGCUUCGCUCUCGCUCGCCUUGUCCGGCGCCGCCGCGCGGCCGGCCACGGCUGCGCCCGGCCUCGUCUCCACGGUCUCAGACGGCCUCAUGGCGCCUACUGACGCCGACGAGACGGAGCGCGUCGGAUUCGUGCUGCAGAAACUUUCAAUCUCGCCGACGCUUUAUGAGGCACCGAAUCGACCAGAGCCAGCAGCAGAGCACUCCUCGCCUGGCUCGGUCGGGUCAGCGCCCGACUGCGAUCGACUGGCCUCCAGUUCGAACCCAGGUGGGCCUGCUGCCGGCCGCGAUGGCUCGCCAGAGCUGCCGGGCUUGCCCAGCCUCGCUGGCGCCUUUGGCGAGGCUGGGGUGGCUGCUGGGCAUGACGACAUCGCAGCAAUGACCUCCACGCUGCGGAACAUCCGACUGGGGCUCGCACAGGAAGCCGCAGCGACCCGCGUUCAGCGGGCGAUGCGCGCGUUCCUGCUGCGCAAGGGCACCAUCAUCAUCACGAUCCUCAUCACCAAGAUACAGGCCGCUGCGCGCGGCCUCAACACCCGCACUUCUCUGAACAACUUCUUCAAGGCCUGCCCGCCCAGCGGGCGCACCGCCGACCUCUUCCUCAGCCGCGUCUACGGUGGCCACGAGGGCGGGCGGCGGCGCGGCGGCGGCUACGUCGUCGAUUUCAUCUACUGUUUGCGCUCGACCCGUCUUCCUCUCUCUCUUCCGGAAGCGCUGGCCCGAUUCCCUCUCGAAUUAUACAACCCUCACGACACAGUGCGCGACUGCCACGGAACCAACGGGUUCUGCAACCAACACGAGGUCAACGGAGAGCAGCUGAGCCUGCCUCCGCCCUCGUCCCCCUUCACCUCCGGUGAGUCGCCCUGCCCCAGUCGUCCAGAGCACGACCUCUGGCGAGUCAGCCGGUCACUUGAUGACGACCUGAAGAGCAAGAAGAAGACAAGGCAAAACGACAAGAAGCGCGCCAAGGCCAAAGCAGCGGCUAUCGCCGCUGCAGCGGCCGAGGAGGCUGCUGCAAAGGCGGCUGCUCAGGCGGCCGCUCAGGCCGCUCAGGCGGCCGCUCUCGGACGGUACAGGUUGGUCAACGCUUGGUUCUAUCCACGCGGCGACUGGUACACCUUCUACUGGGAUGGCAGCUCGGCCGACAAGGUCGCAAGGCGCGCUACCUACCCGACGCUCGAGCACGACGACCACGACCCCGGCCCCCUCGCAGAGCGCAUCAGGCGCGACAAGCGCGAGGCGUCCCACCGCUCCUCCGACGACUCCUCCUCCGACCGCGACUCGUGCGGCACCGGCUCCACUAGCGAGGCGAAUGACAUAUUCGACACCCUCGAAGACCAUCUCGGCUACGGUUCCGACUCCGGCUCCGGCUGGUAG